GCACUCAUCGAUUAAGUGAGUGUGUUUCAAACUGGUGCUCAGUGUGCUAAGUUGUCUAAGCAGUUUCUUUUGUAUUAGGCGUCUUAAGGUGGUGACCGUGGCGACUACGGGCAGUACGGGUCGUACGGGUCAUACGGGUUACUAAUUUGCCGAAGUCAGUAGCGGUCAGCAGCACAGGAGUGCGGUGAAGGGAAACUUCGUGUAGACGGACCAGAGUCCACGAUUUUCCGGGUAGUAAUAAGAAUAGCAGAAUGGCUGAGAGACAUAGUUUUGGCGUGAACCCAAUCACUUGUCACGCAUGGAACAGAGAUCGAACCCAGGUUGCUUUGUCUCCUAAUAACCAUGAAGUUCACAUCUAUCAGCGAGCUGAUAGUGACUGGAAACUUGUAGAUGUUCUUAACCAGCAUGAGUUACGUGUCACAGGCAUUGACUGGGCACUGAAGACUAAUCGGAUUGUUACAUGUGCUGUAGAUCGUAAUGCUUAUGUGUGGACUCAAGGAGAUGACGGAAAAUGGAAGCCAACAUUGGUUCUGCUUCGUAUCAAUCGUGCAGCAACUUGUGUGAAGUGGUCUCCACUUGAGAACAAAUUUGCUGUGGGUUCUGGAGCUAGACUGAUCUCGGUUUGCUAUUUUGAAAGUGAGAAUGACUGGUGGGUAUCAAAACACAUAAAGAAACCCAUUCGCUCAACAAUCACUUCAAUUGACUGGCAUCCAAAUAAUGUCUUGCUUGUUGCAGGCUCUGCUGAUUUUAAGGUACGGGUGUUUUCUGCAUUUAUAAAGGAUAUAGAAGAAAUGCCUCAGCCUUCACCGUGGGGAAUGAAAAUGUCUUUGGGCCAGUUAUUGGCAGAGUUCCCCAACUCAUCAGGUGGAGGUGGUUGGGUACAUAGUGUUGCAUUCUCUGGAGAUGGGAAUCGUGUGUGCUGGGUGGGACAUGAUUCUUCUGUUUCUGUUGCUGAUGCAACUCGACAGAUGGCUGUGAGCAAGUUACGUACUGAGUUCCUUCCAUUCCUAAGUUGUGUCUGGGUUGGCCCAAAUUCAUUGGUUGCAGCGGGUCACAGCUGCUGUCCAAUGUUAUACUCUGUAAAUGAUUCUGGACAGUUGUACCUGAACUGCAAAUUGGACGUUUCACAAAAGAAAGAAGCUGGUGGACUGAGUGCCAUGCGUAAGUUCCAGAGUCUUGACCGGCAAGCCCGUAUUGAAACAAGUGAUACCACAUUAGAAACAAUCCAUCAGAAUGCCAUUACAUGCUUGUGUCUCUACAAGGGAACCAAGGGAUCCGCUUCAAGCCUCAGUACAAGUGGACUGGAUGGUCAGCUUGUUAUAUGGGACUUGCAGUCACUGGAAAAUGCAAUCCAAGGAAUGAAGAUCAUCUAAGUCAUCAGAAUAUAUAAAAUAAGGUCACUAAAUUAAAAUUGCAGUCCUUAGGUUGUAUAGAUUAUUGCUGCAGAACUGUGUCAAUGCUUAGCAACGGUAAUACCAAAUUAACAAUGACCAAGUGUAAUUUGAAUGUUUACCAAAUUAUUAUUACAAAUAAUUGUACUUCACAGAUACAAAUAUGUCAGUAUAGCUGUGGCAUCAAGUGGAAAAGUAUACAGUUCCACUAAAAUUUUGAACUAUUAUAAUUUUUUAAUUUUUUUGUAUUCAUCAUAUAUUAGCUUUGCUGACACUGCAUCUUCCACUGCCAUUCCUACAAAUAGGAAGAGAGAAAUAUA